AUGGCCAGCCCCGAGCUGAGGACGGAGGGCACAGAGGACAAAUCCCCCCGGCAGACCCUGGUGGGAGAGGCCGUUUUGAAGGGCUCCACAGCGCAGGAAGGCAGCAGGGAGGAAAAGGGCAGGAGAUCCCUCAGGAGGAGGGGCUCCAAAGCCAGCCCAGGGUGCUCUGUGGAGGAAAGACUCAGCCUGUGCCAGGAAGGCGGCCGGAGCUUGAGCCUGAGCUGUGAGCUGGUGGUCUCUGAGCAGCCUCCCAGCAGGGAGAAGCCCUUCAGGUGUCUGGAAUGUGGGAAGAGCUUCAACAGCAGCUCCAAGCUCCUCGCCCACCAGCGUGUCCACACAGGGGAACGGCCCUACGAGUGUGAGGAAUGUGGGAAGACCUUCCUCUAUAGCUCCCACCUCCUCACCCACCGCCGGGUGCACACGGGGGAACGGCCCUACAAGUGCUUGGAAUGUGGGAAGGGCUUCAGCGUCAGCUCCCGCCUGAUCCGCCACCAGCAGAUCCACACUGGGGAACGGGGGCCUCGGCCCUACAAAUGUGGGGAAUGCAAGAAAAGCUUCACAUACAAUUCUGACCUCGUCACCCACCAGCGCACGCACACGGGGGAGAAGCCGUACGAGUGUGGGGAGUGUGGGAAGAGGUCUCGGAGUAGCUCAGAUCUCCUCAGGCACCAGCGGACACACACGGAUGAGAGGCCCUUCCGCUGCACCGACUGUGGGAAGGGCUUCAAACAGAAGUGCACCCUCGUCACCCACCGGCGCAUCCACAGCGGGGAGAGGCCCUACAAGUGUGCGGAGUGUGGGAAGAGCUUCACCCACAGCUCUGACUUGACCAGACACCAACGGACCCACCAGUAA